AUGGCAGGAAUCUUCGAAGCACCGCGGAAUGCGGAUACUCUCUUCUUGGGAGGGCAGAAAAUCACCGGUGCUGAUGUUCGAGACCAGUGCGUCCUUGCGACACAAGCGAUUGCAAAUGUGGUCAAAUCCUCGUUUGGCCCCUCUGGCCUGGACAAGAUGAUGGUGGAUGAUAUCGGUGAUGUAACGGUCACCAAUGAUGGAGCUACCAUUUUGAGUCUCUUGGACAUCGAACACCCCGCUGGCAAGAUUCUCGUGGACCUAGCCCAGCAACAGGAUAGGGAGGUUGGAGAUGGUACUACUUCUGUCGUCCUUAUUGCCGCAGAACUCCUCCGACGUGGAAACGAAUUGAUGAAGAACCGCAUUCACCCUACAACCAUCAUCAACGGAUACAGGCUAGCGCUCCGCGAGGCCGUGAAAUAUAUGAACGAGAACAUCGCCUCAAAGGUCGAGAACCUUGGAAAAGAUAGCUUGAUUAACAUUGCGAAAACGUCCAUGUCGAGUAAGAUCAUUGGCGCUGAUGCUGAUUUCUUCGCCAACCUUGUUGUCGACGCAAUGCUCUUGGUGAAGACCACAAACCAGAAGAAUGAGAUUAAAUACCCGGUUAAGGCAGUGAACCUGUUGAAGGCGCACGGAAAGAGUGGACUCGAGUCGGUCCUUGUAAACGGCUAUGCUCUUAACUGCACCGUUGCCUCCCAGGCAAUGAAGACGAGGAUCACAGAUGCCAAGAUUGCUUGUCUUGACAUGAACCUGCAGAAGGAGAGAAUGAAGCUUGGUGUCCAAAUCACAGUUGAAGAUCCCGACCAGUUGGAAAAGAUCCGUCAGAGGGAGUCGGGAAUUGUUAUUGAACGUGUGGAGAAGAUUCUCAAGUCUGGAGCGAACGUUGUCUUGACUACCAAGGGUAUUGACGACAUGGUUCUCAAGCUCUUUGUUGAGAAGGGUGCGAUGGCCGUCCGACGCUGCAAGAAGGAAGACUUAAGACGCAUCGCCAAGGCUACUGGAGCCACCUUAGUGAGCACACUUUCCGACUUGAACGGCGAUGAGAAGUUCGAGGCGUCCUACCUGGGCCACGCAGAUGAGGUUGUUCAGGACCGGAUAUCCGACGACGAGUGUAUCCUUGUCAAGGGCACCAAGGUCCACACUUCCGCUUCUAUUAUCCUCAGAGGUCCCAAUGACUUCAGUUUAGACGAGAUGGAGCGCUCAGUUCACGACUCCCUGUGCGCCGUCAAGCGAACCCUUGAGAGUGGCAGCAUCGUCCCUGGUGGUGGAGCCGUCGAGACAGCCCUUCACAUGUACCUCGAAGAAUUCGCCGUCACAGUUGGCUCUCGAGAGCAACUAGCCAUCGGCGAAUUCGCCCAAUCGCUCCUCAUCGUCCCCAAGACCCUCGCCGUGAACGCUGCUAAAGACUCCUCCGAACUCGUUGCCCAACUCCGCAAGCGACACGCUGUCUCCCAGCGUGUCCAGGAAGGCGAAGCCAACGAAAAGGAGAAGGCCAUUGCCAAGAAGAAGGAAUACCGCAACUACGGGCUCGACCUGACAAAGGGCCGUGUCCAUGACUGCCUCAAGGCUGGUGUGCUUGAGCCUAGCAUGGGUAAGCUCAAGCAGCUCAAGAGUGCUGUUGAGGCUUGCAUUGCCAUCAUGCGUAUUGAUACCAUGAUCAAGUUGGAUCCUGAACAGAAGGGAGAUGAUGGACAUGGCCAUGAUCAUUAG